AUGAAAUUAAUAAGUAGAAUUACAAAACCUUUUAAAAAAGAUAAGUCAUCAAGUAAAUCAAAUCAAAAUAAUAACAAGAAUGGAGAACAAGAAGAAUCUACCAAUGGUCCAUUGGAAUUUGUUUAUAAAUUACAAUAUAGAGUAGUUGAUAAAUCAAGUGGAGCAUCAACGGAACAUAAAUUUGAAGAUAGAACAUUAAAAAUUAACGAAGAAGGUGUAUAUUUAGGCGACAAGAUGGGGAAAUUAACAUUUAUUGAUUUCAUUUUGAUUAAAGAGUUUUCUUUGGAUCAAAAUUGGAUGGAUUGGGCAAUCAUCAUGAGAGAUGGAAAUUCACAUCAUUUCAGAUCUUAUGAAUUUCAAACAAAAGUUAAAGAGAUAAUUGUAUACAUAAUAGAUAUGGAUAUUGCUAGUUAUGAAGAUAGAGCUGUCAAGGCUGAGAAUAUGAUUGAGAUUCUUUCAAAGAAGAUUGCUGCUUUGGAAGCAUCUUCAUCAUCUUCCUCAUCUAAUUCUUUGGGUGUUUCUGCAGAAGAAUUCAAAAAGGUUCAAGAUCAAAACAAGGAAUUACAAAAACAACUAGCUAGUAACACAUAUAGAAUCAAUCAUUUGGUUAGACGUUUAAACGAAACACAACAAAAGCAAUAA